ACUAAUUCACUUUCUUACUAAAAAAAAUUAACUUUUCACAUAAAUCCCUCAUUUCCAUAAACCCAUUAACUCAUCAACAAAAAACCAGAAUAGCAUCAUAAUGUUGAGAAGAACUAAUUCUCUAGCUAUCCAAGGAUUUAGAUCCCUCCACCACCGGCAACUUCCGUCGUCAUUCAACAACCACCACCUCAGCCGUCCUCCUCCGCUUUCCGCCACCGCUCUCCGCAAUUACCGCAGCGACAACAAUGGCGAGUCCCGAGACAGUUAUGAGAUUGAACCGCCGAUGAAUUGGGGCAUACGAAUUGUGCCGGAGAGGAAAGCGUUUGUGAUUGAGCGAUUCGGGAAGUAUGCGAAGACUCUUCCGUCGGGUAUUCAUUUUCUGAUUCCGAUAGUUGAUAGAAUAGCUUAUGUACAUUCCUUGAAAGAAGAGACCAUUACAAUUCCUCAUCAGUCUGCUAUCACUAAGGAUAAUGUCAGUAUUUCGAUUGAUGGUGUUCUCUAUGUCAAGAUUGUGGAUCCGAAAUUGGCGUCUUAUGGCGUUGCCAACCCGAUGUAUGCUGUGAUUCAGCUUGCUCAGACCACUAUGCGUAGUGAGCUUGGAAAAAUUACUCUUGAUAAGACUUUUGAAGAGAGGGAGGCUCUUAAUGUGAAGAUUGUGGCGGCCAUCAAUGUGGCUGCACAAGAUUGGGGCCUUGUGUGCCUUCGGUAUGAAAUAAAGGAUAUUAUGCCACCUUCUGGAGUGCGAACAGCUAUGGCGAUGCAAGCAGAAGCAGAACGUAAAAAGAGAGCUCAAAUUUUGGAAUCCGAAGGGGAGAGACAAGCGAACAUCAAUAUCGCUGAUGGUAAAAAGGCUGCUGUAAUUUUAGCAGCACGAGGUGAAGCAGAAGCCAUAAUUGCUAAAGCACAAGCAACUGGUGAAGGAAUUGAGAUGGUGUCAGGGGCUCUGAAGAAAAAUGGAGGAGUGGAGGCUGCAAGUCUAAAGAUUGCUGAACAAUACGUAAACGCCUUUGGUAACAUUGCCAAAAAGGCAACAACAAUGCUACUUCCGAGUGAUACCUCAAAUCCUGCUAGUAUGGUGGCUCAAGCUCUAACUAUGUACAAAACCGUGCUCGGAAAUCCUUCAAAUGAUAGUUCCGGUGAGUUUUCUUCGUCCGAGUUGAUAGAAAGCACCGAGGACAGUGAUGGUAAAACUAAAAAAGGAAGUUCUAUUGGUAGUAUAGGCAAGGGUGGUUCCGAUUAUGAGCCAAAAUUCUCACUUCAACGCCCUAGGAAAGAGGAUUAGGAUGGUAGAGUUGAUUGUACGGGCAGUUUGGUUACUGAACAGAUCAAAUUACAACCACUGAGUUCAAUUUUUCUAGAACCAAACUAAAAUUUUCAGCUUGAUUCGGCUUUUUGAGAUUUGAAAAUAUAAAUAAAUUUUAGCAUAAA